AUGUCGCGAGUAAUGAGGAGCGUGAGGAAUGUGACCAAGGGGUACUCUAGCACGCAGAUCAAAGUCAGAGAAGCUACGAGCAAUGACCCAUGGGGUCCUACCGGCACCCAGAUGAGCGAAAUCGCUCAGAUGACUUUCAACACGUGCGUUUCGAUGAUGGGACAUCCUUCCAGGGAUACUGAGCUGACACCUUGCUGCGACUACAGAUCCAGCGAUUUCUACGACAUCAUGGACAUGAUUGACAAGCGCUUGAACGACAAGGGCAAGAACUGGCGCCACGUUCUCAAGGCCCUCAAGGUUCUCGACUACUGCCUUCACGAGGGGUCUGAACUCGUCGUCACCUGGGCCCGUCAGAGCGUCUACAUCAUCAAGACGCUGCGCGAGUUUCAGUAUGUCGAUGAGGAGGGUCGCGAUGUUGGCCAGAAUGUGCGUAUCGCUGCGAAGGAGAUAACGUCCCUGAUCCUCGACGAGGAGCGCCUGCGUGCCGAGCGGAGCGAUCGCAAGUCGUGGAAGUCUCGCGUCACGGGCCUGGAGGAGUUCGCACCCAGCAACUACGCCGAGCCAUCCACCCGACGCCGCGAGAGGCCGCAGAUGUCGGACGAGGACGACGCCGAAUACCGCCUGGCCCUGGAGGCCAGCAAGUUCCAGGAGGAGGAGGACCGCAGGAAGAGGGAGGGCCGCGGCCCGGCCGCCGAGAUCGACGACGACCUGGCCAAGGCCAUCAAGCUCAGCAAGGAGGAGGACGAGAGGCGCCGACGCGAGCUGGAGCAGAGCAACGCCGCAUCGCUGUUUGACGACACACCCGUCCAGACGCAGCCCCAGCCCACGGGCUUCAAUGGAGGAUACGAGCAGGGCAACCAGGUGGACUGGUUUGCCAACCCGGUCGACCAGGGCCAGAUGCAGCCGCAGCCCACAGGCAUGAUGCCCGCCGCAUACGCUGGCUUCCAGCAGCCGCAGAUGACGGGGUACCCGGGUGCCUACCAGACACCGUUUGGCGCCCAGCCCACGGGCAUGGACCCGUACGGUCUGCAGCAGCAGCAGGCCUUCCAGCCCCAGCCGACCGGAUACAACCCGUACGCGCAGCAGCAGCUUCCUCUCCAGACGCAGCAGGCAUCGCUGCAGAUCCCGUCCCCGGUCAACGGCGGACCGAACCCCCAGCCGGGCAGCAACAACCCGUGGGCGACCAACGGCCAGAGCAACCAGCCGUCUGCACUCAUGCCGACGCCCACGGGGUCCAACAACCCGUUCGCGCAGCACAAACGGCCCUCAUCGGCGCAGCCUACCAGCAGCGGCCUCGGCGCCGUGCCGGAGCAAAAGACCCUGGCGUCUUUCAGCUCUCUCCAGAAGCAGCAGCAGCCGUCGUUUGCCAACACCAAUACCACGGUGAACGGCAACCCCAUGAGCGAGCACGAGUCCAAGCUCAACGCCCUCCUCGCUUCGGGCGACGGCAUGGACACAUACGGAAACACGGGUAACCUGCGCAUCCCCGCUCAGCACACCGCCCCAGGCACCUUCAUCAACAGCGCAGGGUCGGGCGUCAACCGUCUCAACCCGGAACCUACGGGAAGCAACCCCUUUAUGCGUCAGCAGUUUACGGGCUUGCCGACCGUCAGUUACGGUGGCCAGUUCGGAGGUGCCAGCAACCCAUACGGAGGUCAGCAGGGACAGCAGCAACAGCAGAACCAGGACUUGAUACAGUUUUAA